AUGUGUCCACCACAAGGAUAUGCCGCUGCACUGGGUCCCAGAUUGUCAGCAAUGGCCAAAGAUAGACCUAGCACACCUGCCAUCCACACCUUUGGAUUUGGCUACAAGAUCGAGUCACACUUGAUGCAGUCGAUUGCCGAGGUGGGCAACGGGAACUACUCGUUCAUCCCGGAUGCUGGCAUGAUUGGGACGGUAUUUGUACAUGCAGUCGCCAACUUGUUUGCCACCAUGGGCACCUCGGCCACGCUUGAACUGAAUACCUCCAAGCGGGCAACCCUGAACGCCACGGCAGGCCUUGCUUCCACCUGGGACGAACGACGCAAGGCACUUAAAUUGGAACUGGGCAAUAUUCAAUAUGGACAGACCCGAGACGUGGUUAUCGAAUGUCCAGGUAUUGCCAGAGAAGCUAGCAUUCAUGCGUACCUCAACUACAAACUGCCCAACGGACAAUCUCAAGCAGCAGGGUCUCAAGAAUCCUUUGAGAAGAAGACAGCAUUGGAUCGAGCUACUGUUGACUAUCACAAGAGUCGAGCGGCCAUCUGUGGUUUCCUGUCCUCGCUGUUCCCACUUCAGCCGAAUGGUGAACUUGGAGUGAUACGAGGCAUCAAUGAAAUGGCCCAAGCGCAUUCGCGUCUCAACUCCAUCAUCGCAUCAAUUCAGUCUCUAUCGACCAAGAAUGAUCCGCGGGUGAAGUCACUGCUGCAAGACCUUAAGGGUGAUGAACCGGCUGGUCAAGUCACCAAGGCACUGAUCCUGAUGAGCGAGAAAAAGGAAAAUUACUGGGAAAAAUGGGGUCGACACUACCUUCCGAGCCUCCUCCACGCACAUCAGCGUCAAAUGUGCAACUCUUUCAAGGAGCCAGGCCCGCUGAUGUACGGAAAAGAAAGCCCACUGUUCCUGAGCUAUCGGGACAAGCUUGAUCUGACAUUCGACACUCUUCCACAGCCGACACCCAGCCUGCCACAAAGGCAGUUGCCCAUCUACAGCGAAGAUGGCUCAAGCACUGGCACUAGAAGCGAGCGUCAUCGUUCAGUGACAAUGAGUGAAUACAGAUCGAGUGAGGCGCCAUGCUUCGGAGGCAUGUCUAGAAUCAUCCUGGCUAACGGUUCUGCGAUUCCGAUCGUGACCCUCCAAGCAGGCAUGUCGGUCUGGACACCCAACGGAGCACGCAAAGUCAUCGCAGUGGUCAAGACACGGAUCAGCAGCAAGGCCGGACAAACCCUCUGCCGCAUCGGAGAGCUAUUGGUGACUCCAUACCAUCCCCUCCUGCAGAACGGUAGCUGGGUCUUUCCGCAGGACGUUGCAGAGACUACCGAAUCUUGUCGGAGCAGCGUGUUCUCAGUUCUCCUGGCACCGUCGCGAGAUCCUGCUGAUCAUGCCAUCAAAAUAGGAGGGCAGGUCUGUGUGACGUUGGGGCACGGUGUUGUUGCGGGGCCCGAAGAUGAUGUUCGUGCACACGCAUUCUUUGGCAAUCAUCGGCGGGUGGCCCUCGGUUUGCUUCAGCUGCCCAAGGGUGGAUCUGGCCACUUCAGAUGCAGUGGUGUGAAGAGAGACCCGGUGAGCGGACUUGUUUGUGGGUUCAAAGGCGUGAGAGACGAUAAGACCCUCCUGAACACGGCCAGCCAAAACUGUCCUUCGGUGAUGUUAGGGUUAAAUGUCAUGCAUGAUGGGCUUGGGAGAUAG